CAGAGAGUGAAGGCAGCAGGACGCACUCAGGUGUCUCCUCGCUCUUUGUUUAUGUUGCCUCUUGUUUGCGAGGAGGACGAGAUGUAAAGUUUGAAACACUGACAGGAUAGAGAAAAGAGACUUUCGACAGCUUUAAUUUCGUCUACUGUUGUGUUUUGACUUCACUUUCCUCUGAAAAGAUGAGCGGAGGAGUCACGCGGACUGAAGGAAAUGGAGAAGAGGACCAAAGAGCGAACGUCCGAUGCAGUCGGCUUAGUAUCUCUCUACAAGGUCGGGAUCAGUCUGGCUGCAGCUUGGAGAGGCAAAUUAACAAGGAGAGCAGCAUAGCAGUCGUGCUGCCACAGAAACCAGAGGAGCAAGAAGAAGUGUUCAUCACGCCCAUAGACGAAAAAGUUGAAGUUAUUAAGGUUUACCUUGAAUCCCGUCCAGAGACAGCUCGGAGUGUCAAGAUGCUGACGGACGAGGUUUCCCAGAUUCAGGAGGUGAGGUACUGUCUGAAGACUCUGAGAGAGCAGAUGGCAGCCAGACAGAACAAUAACAACAACAAGCAUCCAGUCAACGGCUUCAGAGUCCAUUCGCCCCACAGCCGAGACCUCAGCAAUGGAAACAUUGUUGUCACUGACUCAGACGCUAAAGUCGAGGAUAAUCAGGAGGAGAGCGUGCGGCUCAGAGAGGCGACCAGGCGUCUGUACGCGCAGCUGAAGGAGAUGGAGAAGAGGCAUCAGGAGGAGAGGGAAAAACUGCAGGCCGAGUCGCAGGAGUAUAGCGCUCGUCUGGCUGAGCAGUCCGAGCGUCUGCAGAAGGCGGAGGAGCAGUCGGAGGAGAGGGGUCAGCAGGUGGAGGAGCUGCAGAGGCUGCUGGGAAGCAUGGAGAUCGAGAGUGGCAUCCUCAAAGACAAGAUGGCAGCAGGGGAGGCAGAGCUGCUGCAGCUCAAAGCGAACAGGGAAGAGGGGGCGGAGAAUGAGAAGAGGUGUGAAGAGCUGGAGAAGGAGGUGGCCGUCCUGAAGGAAAAGAUUCAUCACCUCGAUGACAUGUUAAAGAGUCAGCAGAGGAAAGUCCGCCACAUGAUCGAACAGCUGCAGAACUCCCGGACGGUCAUCCAAGAGAGGGAUCGAUUCAUCAGGGACCUGGAGGAGAGGGUGGCUUUCCUGGAAGCUGAGAACAAGGAAAUGCAUGACCAUAUGGAGUACUUCCUGGCAGGCCAGGAGCCUCCAUACCUGACAUCCAGUGAGAACAAGCCAGAGGUUGUUUACAGUAAACCACUCACACCAACAUCUCCGACCAACAAGGCCCUCCCGUUCAUCAAAGUCAUCGAGAUAAUGUCCUGAAUGGAGAGUCCAAAGGACUGACCUGAGGUGAAAUACGGUGUAAAUAUAUGUAACCAUCUACCAGGAUGUGAACGUAAAAACAUUCUGGCUGAAGAGGCCGCAUGGUGACAAAGCACAUUGGUCUUUUGUUAGAACGUCACAGUAACUUUAAGGCAGUUCUGCAAACCUUCACUGGCUCUCGGUGUUAAACAGAUUUUAAAAAAGGAAUUCGAACUAAGAUCCCAUGUUAUGGGGAAUCCUAAAAAGGAAACGAGGAGGAGGCUGUGCAAUGCAAAGAAUUUUACUGAACUUGUUGUAUGACAUGCAAAGAGAAAUCUGUGCAGUACGCGCUGUGUCAGCAAGUCCUUACGAUGCAGUGACAGGAGAAAUAGUUCAGGAAAGUUCUCUUGAGUUGUAAAGUUUUCCACCUUCACCUUUGUCCCACGCAGAAAGACCUGUCUGAAUAGGUCUGCAUGAAAGGUGGAUUUAAAUUUAAAACAGCUGUUAUUAUUGUAAAUAUCUGUGUUACACAUACAUCUGGACAAAUGCACAAACACUGUGUUGAGUGUUUUCAGCACUUCUUUAUCCGACAGCAGCGAUACUCAACUUGCUUUGUCCAAGGGCCACUUAAUUAAACAUGAAUAAUUAAUUUAUUAAUUAUUAACCCGCAGUUUGUCAGGGGAAUCCUCCCCUUAUUAUUAUUAAUUUCUUAAAAUACAAACAAGCUCCGUUUUGAUGUUUUUUUUAAAUACCUUAUUUAUGUUCAAAGCACAAAAAAUAAUCCCAUUGUGUAUCAAUUUAUGUUCAUUGUUCAUCAUCCUAGCUGCGUAUCCUAUUGAGCGUUGGGGUGCUGGAGCCAGUGCCAGCUGUCAUUGGGCGAGGGGCGGGGUCACCCUGGACAGGUCGCCACACUGUCACAGGGCUGACACAUAGAGACAGACGUGCGUUCAUGCCAACAUUCACACCUAUUCCCACCUAACCACUACUCCACUUUGCCGCCCUUAUUUAUCUAUUUAUUUUUAUUUAUUUAUUUUUAAAAUCUCUGGCAGGCCGCCCAGCACCCCAUGGGCCGCAAGUUGAGUAACGCUGUCCGACAGCCUGUUGACCACAAUCCUGUGCAGCCAGGGUCAGCGUCAGAUUCCUCAGUGCUUUGCAGCACAUUGACAAUUGCAGGCAUGCAGUUGGCUGUGUCAACAGUUAGAUAUGAUUCAUGUUGAUAAUAACUUAAAUAUAGUUCGCUGACAGAGUGGGUUGCAUGUAAUAAGUUGAUAAUGCUAAUUUAUGUAUUAGAAUUUUUUGCCUUUAAUUUAGUUCUGCUGGAAAAACAUAUUAGAUGCUACUAGUAUUAAUGGAGGCUAUUUUUUUUUUUGUAUCUUUGCUGCCAAGUGCUGCCUCAACAUCCUUACAUAUUCUGUUUUGUGCUAAAAGGUUGCAUAUUUAAUAACUGAUUAAACUUAUAGACUUACUUAAAUAACCUAGAUAGCUUUGCAUUUUUUGUACAAACUUCGCUUUUUUCUGUGCGAUACUUUAUGUUGCUGUCCAGGAUGUAUAGUUUUAUUAACAAAGUGCGUAUUUACUGUGAAUACUGUAGAUAGAUACGUCGAAGUCGAGUUUUUUGUUGUAGACUGUACACUUUAAUUCAUGUUUAUCUGACUCAUCUGUUUUACUUAUUCCAGCUUUCAUCAUCUCUGUGUUGCAUGUUUACUCUGUAACUCUGUACUGCCACCUAGUGGAGAAAAUAAAGACAAUAUGAAGAGGUA